AUGGCUGGAUCUAAAUUGGCCUUGGGGCCAUCCAGAAUGAUACCCAAGAACUACCAGCAGUUCAGCGCCUUGGUGUUUGCAGUCAGAGAGGUCAACAAGGAUAUAGUUCUCCUCCCCAACAUCACCCUUGGCUUCCACAUCCAUAGCAAUUCUCAGUCGGAGGUGGAGAUUUGCUCAAACAGCCUCUCCCUGCUCUCCACCCGAGACCGAAUGGUUCCAGGGUUCCAUAAACCAGGCAAAAUCACUCGAAACUGGGGAAAGAAAUGUACAGGAAAAGAGAAUUUACAGAAUCUACCAUCUUUUUUAUUUGAAACAAGCAUGGAAGAUGAAAGUUACAACAUCUACAAUGCUGUUUAUGCUCUUCUUCCCUAUCUGAGGAACGUCAAGUUCAACAACAGUGCUGGAGAGGAAGUCUCCUUCUCAGAAAGUGGAUUAGUUUCUUCUCGUUACGAUCUUCUCAACUGGCUUUUCCUCCCCAAUCAAUCUUUUGUCACCACCAAAGUUGGAGAAAUAGAUCUCAUGGCUUCCCCAGGACAAGAUUUUACCAUUAACUCCAAUGACAUCAUCUGGGUCACAAAGCAUCCAUUCUGGAGGGUCAGCAUUGCCACUGGCCUGACUCCCCCUGGAGAUUAUCCCUCUCGAGAGAGGAAGAGGGUUCCAGAAGGCAAGGAAGUUUGCUGCUAUCAAUGUGACCCUUGUCCAGAAGGGACCAUUUCUAAUCAGACAGAUGCAGCUCUCUGUGAUCCUUGCCCAGAAGACCAAUAUCCCAACAAGGACAAGGACCACUGCAUUGCCAAGAAGCUCCACUUCCUUUCCUAUCAAGACCCCCUGGGAUACUCAUUAACAUCUCUCACUCUUUUUCUCUCUGUGACCACAUCUGCAGUCCUGGUGGUUUUCCUUAAGCAUCACAAUACACCGAUUGUCAAGGCCAACAACCGAGAUCUCACCUACAUCCUCCUGGUCUCCCUCCUGCUCUGCUUCCUCUGCUCUUUCCUCUUUAUUGGUCAACCUGCGAAGCUCACCUGUCUCUUCCAACAAUCUGCCUUUGCCAUCCUCUUUUCCCUCGCAGUUUCCUCUAUCUUGGCAAAAACUGCCAUGGUGGUUCUGGCCUUCAUGGCCACCAAACCAGGGAAUAAGACAAAGAAAUUCUUAGGAAAACCACUGACCAACUCCAUUGUCUCAGUCUGUCCCCUGGUCCAAGCAGUUCUUUGUGCCACCUGGCUGGUAACCUCUCCCCCAUUUCCCAACAUGGACUUCCGUUCCUUGAUAGGAGAGGCCAUCUUGGAAUGUAAUGAAGGCUCAACUGCUAUAUUUUAUGCUGUCCUGGCCUAUCUGGGUUUCCUGGCUCUCAUCAGUUUCACGGUGGCCUUUCUGGCUAGGAAGUUGCCCAACAGCUUUAAUGAAGCCAAGUUCAUUACUUUUAGCAUGCUGGUCUUCUGCAGUGUUUGGAUCUCCUUCCUCCCCACCUACCUGAGCACCAAAGGGAAGUCCAUGGUGGCCGUGGAGAUCUUCUCCAUCUUGGCCUCUGGGGCUGGUCUCUUGGCUUGCAUCUUUUUCCCCAAAUGCUACAUUAUUUUAUUUAGGCCCAAUCUGAAUUGUAGAGAGAAUAUAAUGAGGCACAAGAAUCUCUGA